UGGUUAGUUGAUUUCUGACUCUUUUCGAGCCUGCACAGAUGAGCGAAGCGGAGGACGACGCCGUGCGCCGCCGUGCAGCGGUGGCAGAGUAUCGCAAGAAGCUCCUCCAGCACAAAGAACUCGAGUCCAGAGUCAAAUCAGUGAGGGAGAGCUUGAGAGCUUCGAAGAAAGAGUUUAACAAGACAGAAGAUGAUUUGAAGUCGCUUCAGAGUGUUGGGCAGAUAAUUGGGGAAGUCCUUAGACCUCUCGACAAUGAACGAUUGAUUGUCAAAGCAAGCAGUGGACCCAGGUAUGUAGUUGGCUGUCGCAGUAAAGUAGACAAGGAGAAACUGACUUCUGGAACAAGGGUGGUACUUGAUAUGACAACACUCACAAUCAUGCGUGCUCUUCCACGAGAAGUUGAUCCUGUUGUUUAUAAUAUGCUUCAUGAAGAUCCUGGUAACAUCAGCUACUCAGCCGUGGGUGGUUUAUCUGAUCAAAUUCGAGAACUCAGGGAAUCUAUUGAGUUACCUCUCAUGAAUCCUGAGCUCUUCCUUAGAGUUGGAAUCAAACCUCCCAAGGGUGUUCUUCUUUAUGGUCCCCCGGGGACUGGCAAGACAUUACUAGCUAGGGCUAUUGCGAGCAACAUAGAUGCUAACUUUUUGAAGGUUGUUUCGAGUGCCAUAAUUGACAAAUAUAUUGGUGAAAGCGCUAGGUUGAUAAGAGAAAUGUUUGGAUAUGCACGAGAUCACCAACCCUGCAUCAUUUUCAUGGAUGAGAUAGAUGCAAUUGGCGGACGCCGUUUCAGUGAGGGAACAAGUGCUGACCGUGAGAUUCAAAGAACCCUGAUGGAGCUACUUAAUCAGCUUGAUGGAUUUGAUCAGCUCGGAAAGGUGAAAAUGAUAAUGGCAACUAAUCGACCUGAUGUUCUUGACCCUGCACUUCUUCGUCCUGGUCGUCUAGACAGGAAGAUAGAGAUUCCAUUGCCAAAUGAACAAUCAAGGAUGGAAAUUCUCAAGAUCCAUGCUGCUGGAAUCGCUAAGCAUGGUGAGAUUGACUAUGAAGCCGUUGUAAAGCUUGCAGAGGGGUUCAAUGGUGCUGAUCUUCGUAAUGUGUGCACGGAGGCUGGUAUGUCAGCAAUCCGUGCGGAACGCGACUAUGUCAUUCAUGAAGACUUUAUGAAGGCGGUUCGGAAACUGAAUGAAGCAAAGAAGCUUGAAUCGACUGCUCACUACAAUACUGAUUUUGGAAAAGACUAGAGUAUAGGAUUUUCUCUUCUAAUAGCCAUGGAUGCAGGGGCAGUGCAUUUUCUUAGCUCUUUCAACCUGUGAAUUGUGUUGGCAGAUACUUUUGUGUGUAAGAGAAUUAUGUACAACUUAUACUGGUUUUUUGCUUUCAAUUUGAGAGUCGAUAUUUGUUUUCGACAA